UCAUUGGUUGGCGCGACAAUAUAAAGUUCCGCAGUGAUUCCCUCACUGACUGCUGCUCUGCCUCGCUCACUCACUCACAGACUGGCUGACUGAGGAGGAAGAGCAGGAACACGGCCGACUACAGAGAGGAUUUACAGAACUCUAUCGGUAUUAUUCCCACUCUUAUUUCUUCUUGAUAAUCUGUCCGUUUAAUUCAGCUGCACCAUGAAGGAAAGAAGACUCCCGCAGCCUUUUGUAGCGAGGUGUAAACUCGUGCUGGUCGGGGACGUCCAAUGCGGUAAAACAGCGAUGCUACAAGUCCUGGCCAAGGACUGCUAUCCAGAGACUUACGUCCCCACUGUGUUUGAAAACUACACCGCCUGUCUGGAGCUUGAAGACCAGCGUGUUGAACUCAGCCUUUGGGACACAUCAGGUUCCCCAUACUACGACAACGUCAGACCCCUCUGCUACAGCGACUCAGAUGCAGUGCUCUUAUGCUUCGACAUCAGCCGACCAGACACAGUAGACAGUGUGCUGAAGAAGUGGAAAACAGAGAUCCAGGACUUCUGUCCCAGCACUCGGAUCCUGCUAAUAGGCUGCAAGACAGACCUGCGCACAGACGUAUGCACGCGCAUGGAGCUGUCCAAUCAGAAACAGAGCCCCAUCUCCCAUGAACAGGGUUCGUCCCUGGCCAAACAGCUUGGAGCAGAGGCUUACCUGGAGUGCUCAGCCUUCACAUCCGAGAAGAGCAUCCACAGUGUUUUCCGUACUGCGGCGCUGGCCUGCAUGAACAAACUCCAGCCUGCCAAUAAACCCAGUCCCGUCCGCCGCCUCUCCAAGAGGCUCCUACACCUGCCCAGCAAGACAGAGCUGCUCUCCUCCACCUUUAGCAAGGACAAGUCCAAGAGCUGCUCCAUCAUGUGAAUACUAAGGGAGCACGCUGGGGGGGAAAAGAAAGGAAGGACAAGUAGGUGAUUCAGCAGGGGGGUGUGCAAGGGAAAGAAGGAAUGAUUUCUACAAUGCAUUUCUCUCCUUUGCAGCAUCCUCCUCGUCAGCCACUGAAAAUAAAACACACACUUCCUACACUCUCUAUAUUCACCUCUGACACUGGACUUUUGAUCACCAGCACACCAGUACAGAGACAGAGUGAAAAAAGUGUUUAAUGUUGAAAAUAUUUCAGCUGUACAAAUAGAGCAUAACAGGCAUUUCAAGGCCUGUUCGAUUCCUUACAUAAAGGUUGCUGUGAGAGCUUAAAUAAGGUCAGUGACUCCUCUUUCCCAAGUGGUUGUAAACACUGCAUUUGACUGCAUUACCCUGAUGAAACUCAUUAGAAAUGUUGAUAGUGCUGCCCUUCCCCAUCCAUCUCUUCAUCCGAAUGUCUCUUUAAGGUCACGAUAUGGGCGGAGAUGACGAGAUGAAAUGUAAAAUCUGACAGUGACAGGAAGUCGUACCUACAAAAAUGCGGCUCUGGGAAUUUCAAACAGGAGUUCCUUGUAUAAAUUAUUCCCACAAUUCCCCUUCACAGUAUUUCGUUUAGUAGAGUAAUGAUGGCGCAGUGGAUAUGACACAUGCCUUUGGUGUGGGAGACCUUUUCCAAUUCCCACUGUGAUACAUCAACCAAUGUGUCCCUGAGCAAGACACUUAACCCCGAGUUGCUCCAGAGGCGUGCGACCUCUGACAUAUAUAUAUAUCAGUUGUUACUUGCUUUGGAUAAAAAAACAUGUAAUAUUUGGAAAUAAAAGAUAUGAGUGGGGGGAGAGAAGGGGAGCGAUUUGGAAAAGCAGAGUGUUCAUUUCAGUCGGUCGGAGGAUGCACGUCUGACGGAGCCAGUGUGACUCAGCACUCACAUGAGCUAUAAAACAGUCUAGAGGUGGACAUGCUGUGACAUAACAAGCACAAAAUCCUAGACCAUGUAAAGACCGUCGGAGCAUGUUUUUGUCAGAUCCCCGUUUAUUACACAUCACCACAGCAGUAUUAAUCAGUUAUUUAUCAUAAGGCUUGAUUUUAGAAAUGUGACAUUAAUGAUGCAUCUUCUCAUGAUACAUCGUCUCAAUGUUCCCUGAACCUUUAGGAGCUGCUUAAUCUGGAUAUCAGCUUAUGUUCCAACAAAAACUCUUUUUUUCUUUUAUAGAAAAACACAUGAAAGAUUUCUUUUCACAAAGGGAGUCUUAGAAAUAUUUGUCUUUUGAAGUUGAACCUGGUUCCAUUUCCAGCCUGGAUAUUCCAUUAACACUAAAUUUCCCUAAGACGAUAGAGAAGGUUGAUUUAAAUUACAAAUAAAAACAGGCCGGUCCUGUCUGAAGAAAGAAUUUUCUUUCGUUUUUAUGCUUAACAUUUUUUUUCAUUUUUUUUUUCAGCUUCCCUGGAAAGUACUCUUGGCAUUUUCCAUUUAUUAAAUAGAUUUUUUUUGUCUGGAUGGUUCUACUUGCUUGUGGUUGUCUUUGUUUUGUGGCUGUUGAUGUUGUUCUUUUAUUUGCAUGAGUCUUCUAGCAUUAGC